CCUCUAUUCUUUGUACCCUGAGAUUGUAGAUAAUACAAACCUGUGUUUUGUUCAAUAGUUCGAGUUGUUUAAAGUGAAUUUCAUUGAAAUUACUUACUAUAAUUAGUACCUACUAAAUUAAGUGCCCGCGAUUUCUUUUACUUUAAACAAAUUUACGCAAUGAAAAUGUGUAUAGACACGGUGUUGGUGUUCAUUUGAUGAAGCACUUGAAUAAAUGUUUAAAAACAGCUCGUUCAGAGGAUUGAAAGCAGGCAAGACUUAAUCAAAAUAAACAUUCGUAACAAAAUGAUUUCGUCUAAAUAUACCAUUACGUUUAUUUGUGUCUUUGCACAUAUAGUUUUUGGGGACGCUCAAUCAAUUUCAAUUCCGUUAAACAAAUCUAUAACGCAUAUGAACAGGCAACUUUAUGGGGAGUUCCUUUAUAUCAACCAAUCAUCAAAUGUUCAAAUUGACUUUGAGGAUAUCAAUCCGAAUGUUUAUUUCAUUGUUUUCCAAGUGCAUAGUCACAUUCAUAAUAUAACUGUGUAUAAUAACACCAAAAAUGUCAAGUCCACACAAACAGGAACCAAUGUGGGUUUCUACAGUGCUGUUAUUCCGAAAAUAGAUACAUUUUUCAUUGAAAAUCUUAAUAAAUUAGGUCUCAAGUUGUAUGUUGCGGUUUUUGGAUAUUCAUCAACAGACCCAAUACCUGGUGGUUGUAACAUAGAAUUCCCACAGCCAGUUCCUCCUUAUGUCAGGGUCACGACAUUCGAAGACUACAUCCUGGCUGACACAGCUCCUGCCCAAAUAGCCAAAGACCGCGAUUGUGCCAGUUCACAGUUCGCACAGGUCUCAGUUUAUAUGAUGUACUUACCUGAACGGAACUUUAAUGAAGACUCUUACUUUAACGGUCUGAAGAAUAUGAUGACGCUAGACAAGAUCAUGGAGAAUGGAAUUGAGAUCCCCGAAACAAACAAUAAGAAAAUAAUGAGGCGGAUGAUAAGCGCGUACCGAGGCACUGGAAUGGUAUUUGUGGCGGUGGCCCGGGAUUUAUCGAAUCCUAACGGAUUUUAUUCUGCGUACGCGCCGGGAUACUCGUACGCUUGCUGGCCUCUUGUCGACGGGUGCGAGCUGCUUGAUGACCUGCUGUCAAGAUUCAUUUGCACUCUGCUCUUGUUCAGCGGCAUAUUCAUGUGUUUCUUUGGCCACCGCUUCUUCAAGACUGAAAUGUUCCUCAUCGGAGUCCUAACAGGAGUAGUGAUUACGUAUAUUCUAAUUUCAUUAAUCGCUGAGUUGGAUACAUCAGCUCUAGUACUAGCGGCGCUUCUUUCUGGAACGUUCUUCGGAGCGGUGUGGAGUCUAUUCUGGUGGUUCUAUGGCAUACCAGUGGUGUCUGUUCUGUUGCCAGCUUUGAACAUCGGAUUUCUUACUGCAGCCAUAUUCUAUUAUAGAUUGCCAGGUGGUAUCACGAUGUUGCAAGAUGACUUUGGCUUUUGGGCACUGUUCAUAUUCAUAAUGCUCAUAGUGUCCGUUCUUCUAGUCUCUGUGACUUUCAUCUGCAACAUUAUGGCGUGUGCCGUGAUCGGCGCGUACGCAGUUGUGUACCCUAUGGACUUCUACUUUGGGUCCAAUUUGCGGUACAUCAUCAUUAAUGUGGUUAGAAGGGCCGUCGUGCCGGAUUUCGAUAAAGCGGUGCUGUCGCCACCUUUUGAAUGGAAAGACGCGGCAGUAACAGUAAUGUGGAUAGCCCUGGCCAUGAGCGGGUUCCUCUUCCAGCAGUACCACAACCGGGGCCGCCCUCCCUUCCCCCCGCCCCCCCGCAGCAUCAGCCCCGUCAUGCCCGACAUGGUGGACAGAAGACAGCCCGAAGAGAGACGACACUGGCGUUACCUUCGUAUUGUGGCUCAACCCAGGACCGAACCUGGGCCUACUGAAAGCACUCCACUGUUGUUAUAAAUACCUAACUAUUUUAAGACCCUUUUUGCCUGAAUGAUAAUGUGAAAACUGGUUUAAAUUUGGUGUCUUAUAAUUCCUUUUAAGUAUAUAUGUAAAACGAAAUAAGAUUUAUUGAAGCCUGUAUGCAUAUCAUGUUAUAGUUUUAAAUGUAAGGUCCGCAAAGAUUAAGAACAAAAUAUUUUCAGCAAGGCUCGAUAACAUUAUAAUAUGAAAACGUCCAAAUACUUCGGUCAUUGUGUUUUUAUUGAACAUUUGUAUUGUUUAAAGCGAAAUAGAUUUUAAAAUUAAUUAGUUCAACGUUUGUAUUGAAAAAACAUUUUUAAGUGUAUAUGAUUUAAAAUUUUAUUUAUAAACCUUUUAUUUUUAUUAGCGUCGUCUUAAUAUUUUCACUUGAUAUGUACGGGCCUUAUAAAAGAUCUCUAUUCUACGCAGGUUUGACCAUGUCAUUUAUCAUAAUGUAUAUUUAAAUUUUCAAGGUGCUGGAAUUUUUUACUAUUUUAGUGCCAGGUAAAGUAGAUUAUAAUUGGCUGUUGUUAAUAAAAAGAUAAGUUUACAUUUUAUUAUAUUAACUUUGGCGACUGUUUAAGAAAGUAUCUAAAAGACUGAGAAAUCUUCCUUCGAGUGAUACGGGUGCCAUUCUGUCUUAAUUUCCCGCUAUUAUAUUUUAAUUAACCUUAAGAAAAAAAAUAAUUCUAGCCAUUGUACGCGUAUUGUUACAUCUCACCCAAAAACACAAAAAUAAAACAAAUACCACGCUUGCUCUUUAGAAAUACAUUAUUCCGUUAUUAUUAUUCCGUCUAUACAUGAAA